AUGCACCUAAAUGGUUUUCAUUUAUUUGAAAUAAACCCAGGUUAUUAUGACACGGGCGGUUCCGGCCGGCUAGGUUCGUUUUCCGACUAUUUCCUUGCCGCCGGAUUCCGGUCAGGAACCGAUCGGAUAUUUCCUGUGCAAUUCCGGUCGGAAUCCGGCGGCAAGGAACUUGCCGGAAUCGGCGAAAACUGUACCGGAACCGACUCAGAUUUCAACGGAUCCAGUCGCCGGAUUGAUCGACCUGGGAUGCAAUCAAGCUCAUCAUCACGUUAUUUUAGAACUCAAAGCUUAAAAGUGAAAGCCGAGAUUGACACAUACGAAGGCCAACUUUGCAUGGAACGUGAAACAUACAAUGCUACAUGGAAUGUGAUCAAUUGA